AUGGAUAACUUUGAGAAAAUACAGAUAAACAGCCAAUUGGGUAAGUUACAAUUGAUACAUUUAAUGUGUUAUUCAUUCAAACAGGAAAUCAGGACAACAAUGUAGAUGUUGAAUAUUUAGACAUGGGAGCUAGAGGUAUACUUAGGUCACUUGGCAUUUGGGGCAGAUAUGUACAUUGGAACCUCCUGUUAGACAUAAUUUAGCACAUGCCAUCCACCAUCUUAAGAUGUAAGCCAGCUUUAUUUAACUUGUGGCAGAGAAAAGAAUUAGAAAAUGUGUCACCGUCAUAUGAUUUAUGCUGAGUCAAAUUUAACCUACUUUGCCCUGCCAUUGUACCCCAAAUAAUUAUCCUCUUUAGCUUGUACCCAAUAUUGCCAUCUGCUACAGGAUUUGACUAGUGUCACAUAAUAGGGAGCUUUGAGUUUAGCUAAACAAGUCUUAAUCGUGAUAUAAUAAAGUAAGUGAUAUUUUAUAGACAUCAUUAACAUGUUUAAAGAUAGAACAGAGUGCAGUGUGAUAAUAUAUAUUCAUGCAGGAUUAAUGUAUGAUUAAUUAAGAGUACAGCAAUGUCAGGGUCAUCAUUCUGCACGAUGUAAGAUAAGCUAUUAACCAAUGAAUUGUGCUUAUUCUAACACUGUGCCAUCCAGGUAUAUCCUACUAGUUUGUGAUUUUUAUUUUUUUUACCAUGUGGGCACUGCAGUGCUCCUUUAAAUAAAGAAUUGUAAGAUAUAGGGUACCAUUUUACCCCAUAGUUUCCUUUAAACAGGUCUUCUGCAUCUCCUAAGUAAUUACGUCAAAACUACUAUCCCACAUCCUGUUGUUCACCCUCACAUUGCUGCUUAUGGUCUAAGAGAAAAUACCCCUCAUAGUAAAUUGGGGGUCCAGGAACCAGUGGCAACUCUAUGAACAAUAUAUGGGGGGGCACAUUAGACAUCAUACUAAAAACUGUGGGUGGGUGGUGGGCACAAAUAAUUUACACUGGGGAGUGGGGUAAUGUUCUGCCAUUGGUGUCAGCAUGCUGGAGUCACACAACAAAUGUCGGCAUCAUUCACAUUAGCCACCUGGCAUAUCUGUUCUGGUAUUGGCUUAUGAUAUCUUUAGCAGAUAACUCCCUAUUUGCUAUCUUUAUGUGGGAUUGCAAUACUUACACACCAAAUAAGGGAACUAUCUGUUAAACAUCACCCUAAUUUGUUAUCAUCAAGUAUGAAAAUCCCACACAAGGGUACCAAUUUAGGGAGUUAUCUACUAAACAGCUGAAAGAUCAAAAUUAAAGGGACACUAUAGUCACCUGAACAACUACAGAAACAUAGAAACAUAGAAACAUAGAAUGUGACGGCAGAUAAGAACCAUUCGGCCCAUCUAGUCUGCCCAAUUUUCUAAAAACUUUCAUUAGUCCCUAGCCUUAUCUUAUAGUUAGGAUACCCUUAUGCCUAUCCCAUGCAUGCUUAAACUCCUUUACUGUGUUAACCUCUACCACUUCAUAGCUGGAAGGGGCUAUUCCAUGCAUCCACUACCCUCUCAGUAAAGUAAUACUUCCUGAUAUUAUUUUUAAACCUUUGUCCCUCUAAUGUAAGACUAUGUCCUCUUGUUGUGGUAGUUUUUCUCUUCUUUUAAAUAUAGUCUCCUCCUUUACUGUGUUGAUUCCCUUUAUGUAUUUAAAUGUUUCUAUCAUAUCCCCCCUGUCUCGUCUUUCCUCCAAGCUAUACAUGUUAAGAUCCUUUAACCUUCCUGGUAAGUUUUAUCCCGCAAUCCAUGAACCAGUUUAGUAGCCCUUCUCUGAACCCUCUCUAAGGUAUCAAUAUCCUUCUGAAGAUACGGUCUCCAGUACCGUGUACAAUACUCCAAGUGAGGUCUCACCAGUGUUCUGUACAAUGGCAUGAGCACUUCCCUCUUUCUACUGCUAAUACCUCUCCCUAUACACCCAAGCAUUCUGCUAGCAUUUCCUGCUGCUCUAUUACAUUGUCUGCCUACCUUUAAGUCAUCAGAAAUAAUCACCCCUAAAUCCCUUCCUCAUAUGUUGAGGUUAGGACUCUAUCAAAUAUUCUGCACCUUCGCUUCAUUCCAUACCAUCCUACCAUCCACACAAAACACAAAUUUGCAAUCAUUUUCAAAGCCACCAAAUCAUUUGUCAUUUGGCUUAUCCCUCCUGGAACAUCAUCAACCCUGUUACAUAUCUUAGUAUCAUCAAAGCAAAAAAGACAUACCUUACCAUCAAGACCUUCUGCACACACCACAAAAAUAUUAAAGAGAAUGGGUCCAAGUACAGAUCCCUGAGGUACCCCACUGGUGACAAGUCCAAGCUUCAAUAUAUUCCAUUAACUACAACCCUCUGUUGCCUGUUACCCAGCCACUGCCUUACCCAUUCAACAAUAUUUGAAUCCAAACUUAAAGAUUGCAGUUUAUUGAUAGUUUCUAUGUGCAAAUAAAGUGUCAAAAGCCUUACUGAAAUCUAGGUAAGCAAAUGUCUACUGCACUACCCUAACGGCAAUGAAGUUACCUAAUCAAAAAAUCAAUAAGAUUAGUUUGGCAUGAUCUCCCUGAAGUAAACCCAUGUUGUCUCUGAUCUUGAAAUCCAUGUGUUUUUAGACGUUCAUCAAUCCUAUCCUUUAACAUGGUUUCCAUCACUUUCCCCACUACUGAAGUAAGGCUUACUGGCCUAUAGUUGCCCCACUCCUCCCUAUUACCUUUCUUGUAAAUGGGCACAACAUUCGCUAACUUCCAAUCUUCUGGGACUACUCCUGUUAACAAUGAUUGGUUAAAUAAAUCUGUUAAUGGUUUUGCUAGUACACCACUAAGCUCUUUUAAUAGCUUUGGGUGUAUUCCAUCAGGUCCCAUUGACUUAUUUGUCUUUACUUUUGACAGUUGAAAUAGAACCUCUUCCUCUGUAAACUCACGUGUAAUAAAUGACUCAUUUAUCCUUUUUCUCAACUGAGGUCCCUUUCCUUCAUUUUCAUCUGUAAAUACAGAACAAAAAUAUUAAUUGAGGCAGUCAGCUAGACCUUUAUCCUCUUCUACAUACCUUCCUUCUUUUGUUUUUAAUCUAACUAAUCCUUGUUUUACUUUUCUUUUCUCAUUUAUGUAUCUAAAAAAUGUUUUAUCCCCUUUUUUUACUGACUGUGCUAUUUUCUCUUCUGUGUGUGAUUUGGAAGCUCUUAUAACUUGCUUAGCCUCUUUCUGCCUAAUCUUAUAGAUCAUUUUGUCUUCCUCACUCUGGGUUUUUUUAUAAUUUAAAUGCUAACUUUUUGUUUUUAACUAUUUUGGCCACAUCUGCGGAGUACCACAGUGGUUUCUUGAAUUUUUGCUUUUACUGACAAGCCUAAUGCAAUUUUCUGUUGCCUUCAAUAGUGCAACUUUUAAAUAAUCCCAUUUCUCUUGGACUCCAUUUAAAUUGCUCCAGUCUGAUAAUGACUCCUCUACCCAUAUUCUAAUUUUAGAAAAGUCUGUUUUUCUAAAGUCUAAAACUUUUGUUUUUGUGUGGUGUGACUCAGUCACUGUUCUUAUAUUAAACCACACUGACUGAUGAUCACUGGAUCCUAAACUUUCACCUACAGUAAUAUCUGAUACCAAAUCUCCAUUUGUUAACACUAAAUCUAGUAUGGCCUCUUUACGAGUUGGCUCCUCAACAACUUGUUUUAGAGACAAUCCCAGUAGGGAGUUUAGAAUAUGUGUGCUCCUGGCACAAGUAGCUAAUUUUGUUUUCCAAUUUACAUCAGGAAGAUUAAAGUCACCCAUGAUGAUAACUUCCCCCUUCAUUGUCAUUUUAGCUAUUUCCUCAACUAGUAGAUUAUCUAACUCUUCAAUUUGUCCUGGGGGCCUAUAAAUCACACCUACACGAGUUACUGUGUGAUUACCAAAUUCUAACGUAGCCCAAACGGACUCUAUGUUUGCCUCACUAACUUUUAUUAGGCUAGAUUUUAUGCUAUCCUUCACAUACAGGCCACCCCUCCCCUUUCUUGCCUUCCCUAUCUUUUCUAUAUAAAGAGUACCCUGGUAUUGCUAUGUCCCAGUCAUUUUUCUCAUUAUACCAUGUCUCAGUAACAGCGACUAAAUCUACACUAUCAGUUGCCAUUAUUGCCACAAGUUCAUGGAUCUUAUUCCCUAAACUGCGAGCAUUUGUAGACAUGACUCUAAGCUUAUCAUUUUUUAACACACUUGCUACAGGCACCUUCUGUCCUUGUUUUGGGGGACAAUUGGAUUGAUGUUUUAUCACCCUUUUGCCCCCCCCUCCUAGUUUAAAUACAUCCUAGCAAAACCUCUGAACUGCUCACUGAGAACAUUUGUUCCCUUUUGAGAAAGAUGCAAACCAUCUUUUUUGUACAGCUUAUUCCAUUCCAAACAGAGCUACCAUGAGAAAUAAAGCCAAAUCCUUGCUCCCACACCAUUCACCAAGCCACAAAUUAAAGUCCCUAAUACGCAUCCGCCUGUCGUUCUGAGUGUUAUGCACAGGCAGAACUUCAGAGAAUGACAGUGUGGAAGCAACCUGCCGUAUAUCAUUGGCAAAAACACUAAAAACUUCCUUAACCUCUGAAACCUCAUUGCAAGCCAAGUCAUUUGUCCCUAGAUGGACAAGUACAUCCAAUUCCCCUUCCUGCUUUGCUUGCUUAACAAUAUUACAGAUACGUCUCCUGUCUCUGUGAGCAGUAGCUCCGGGAAGACACCUCACAAGACCACCAUUGUCCAUCUCCACACCUCUUAUAAUGGAAUCCCCCAACAACUGCUUUCUAUUAGGCCUCACCAUAGUCUCCAAGCUCAAUGAUAAGAGAAAAUGCAGUGUUUACAUUGCCCCUAGGGACACCUCCAAGUGGCCACUCCUCAGAUGACCACUGGAGGUGCUUCCUGGCUCAUGAGAUGCAUUGAUUGAAGAGGUGCUGAUUGGCCAAAACGACAUUUGGCCCCUCCUCCUUGCCGAUUUUAGCCAAUCCAAUGUUUUCCCCAUUGGCUCAAAAUCGGCAAUUUUGAUGAUGCCACCAAGCGGGCCGAGCUAGCACCGGAAGAGCGCGGCACUGGAAAUAAGGUGAUUUUUACUAACUUUUAAGGGAGCUGAGGGGUGGAAAGCCACCUAAAUGGUGGGUUUAGCACUAUAGGGUCAGGAACACAUGGUUGUGUUCCUGACCCUAUAGUGGUCCUUUAAGAAAAGCCCCUUUUGUAAUUUUUAUCUUUCACUUGUUUAGUAGAUGUCACAAUACAGCCCUGGAUUCUCUGGCCCUGAAGGUGGACCCGUUCAGGCCUAGAAUUUCCCAUGGGAUUCUUUGCAUUAGCCUGUACUUUUCCCGUUAGCAAAAGCAGUGCUUCUCCUAGCUGUUCCUGAUUAUUAUUAUUAUUAUUAUUAUUAUUAUUAUUAUUAUUAUUAUUAUGUGCUUUAGAUCUGUUUGUGAAAUAUAGGUCCCCUUUCUUUCGGUGUUUAUUUGCUGAAUGUUAUAUUUUACAAAUUACAAUUUUUUAAAUUAAAGUUCGAAUUAUUUUACAUCUUCCUGUUUUGAUUUCUUGCAGCAAAUUUACUCCCUCUUAAUCAGGAGGUGAAGUGGGCUGAAGAACAUGAUGACAUUUUAUGUAUUAUAAAUAGAAAAUCAGACUCCGACUACACCGAUUUUAUUGUUCCUAUAUUUGUUUACAGGUGAGAAGUGUUUAUGUAUUCUUGUAAUAUAAGUAAGUAUAAUAGCAAAAAUAACUGCAAGUUAAGACGGAGGAGUCUACUCUUGGGGUUACUAUAAGUUGCCUUGCUCCUUCAGUGGGAAAGCUUUGCGUGUCAAACUAAUAGCACAUAUCAUACAUAAAGGGGCAGACCACCCUGUCACUGGAUUUUUAAAGUUCUUUCCCAUUCUCCUGUUAGUUCUGUAUAUCGCGAUCGCCUACAUUUUUUUUCUUGUUUUGUUCAAAUACCGAAAAAAAACAAACCACGAACUACCAGACAACUCGUAUGCUGCAUGUGCUGCUUGUUAACCUUCAUCACCCCUAUAAACACCUAUUUAACACUAGUAACCGCAGUGUUCUAGGCUGUCGGCUGGGUGGUCGACAUUCAUAUGUAUGAACACGUGGUGGCGGCCAUCUUGAGCCGCGAACACAAGCAGCAGUCUUUGGUUGUUGCGUGCAUGGACACUCCACCGCACGAACACCGCAGAACUUCCAUCUCCACCUAUGUUCGGUUAUAUUUACCUGAAAGGAACAGUGUUCGGUGGGAGCUUACUCCCAAAUGAGGGACACAUACUCAGCAUACGGACUAAUUUCUAUGUUCCUUUUCUGUGUGAGUUUGUACCCCAGAAAAGAGACAAAUCUUUACCCCUCUGGUGUUUUGGCUGCGUUCAUGGGAUCUGAGUGCUUUCUGGGUAUGUUGGAUGCUCAGAUCCAGGAUACCCGGCGAUAUAGGUCUUGAGGGGGUACCUGUUUGUAUUGUGUGUAUUUUGAGGUGUAACAAUUGUACAUAUUCUAUACCUGAGAGAUAAUUUUUGUGACAAAAGCAACUUCGCCACUGGUUUUUGGAGGGUCCUGUUUGCCAGUCUCCUACCCUGUGACUAUGGCCCGUGUGAUAAACCUGGCUAUAAUACUUUAAACAGGCUCUGUUCAUCUGAGUUAUGUACUUUUGUACUCCAGGCAGAGAGACCGACCGAUAGCUCUGAUUCUAUGGAACUGUUUUGCGCAUGGGGCCAUGCUUGCGGUCGGUCAAAAGAGACUUCCAGGAAUUUCCUAAACCCCUGCUCUGAUCUGGGUGAUUUUUGGAUAUGUUGUUCAGCCAGAUCAGGGCUAUCCAGGGAAAUGUGAUGUUUUGGGGUGUUUUCUGGACUUUGUAAAAAUGUAUUGUGAUCCUUGUCUGCAGGUGGCACGGUGCUCUAGGGUAAACAACAGGCACAGUCCUUUGGUUUGCAUAUAAUUCAGGCAGUUUUAUUGUCAAACUCCACCACAGCUACAGCAGCAAAUAAAAACAAAAAUGUAACAAAAUCCUAUAAACAAAAACCUAGCUCGGUCUGAGCACUAACUGACAUCAAGUUCCCUCUCUCUCUCAAGGGUUUAAUCUAUAAAAAAACAAGAAGUGGUUUCACCAACCUAGCGUCUUUUUCAGCUCUCAGCAUUCCAGUGUUUUGGACAGCCUGCUGCUUCCUGCCCUUCCAGAGAGAAAUAAACAUUCUCCCCUUUAUCUGCCUGGCAGGGAGGGCUUUAUUCCCACUGCUGCAGCUAAUUACCUGCAGCUGAGCAGUGGGUUGGAGACAGUCCAAAGCCUGGUCUUGAACCUAGUCUCCGAAGAGAAAACAAUAAACAGUGGAGUGGAGCACUGGCCCACCCUUCUCUCCAAAUGCUCCACCCCAGGGGCCCAUAACUAAAUAUGCAUUUAAGUUACAUACAUACAUACAUUCCCCCUGGGGUUAAAGAUCAUAUGCCUCUCUGAACAAUGCGGAUGAAAUAUAAACUCCCUCACAGACCAGCCCAUUCACCUUAUCACAGUAUGUUUUUCUACUAAAGGUAAUUGAGUUAGUCCAUUGUCUUUGUUAAUUGUAUCACAGGCAGAGGGGAGGGAUUGUGUACAGUAUGUGGGAGUGUUAUUCAUUAUCGCACUGUUUUGUAUUGGCUUGUCGAUUUUAUGUCCUGUGCCCCACAUGAUCCACCUGGGCGGUAACCUUGUGGGGAAACUUGUAUAAAAGACCAGAUGCUCCAUUAAACUUGCAGUUCUACUUCACCCUCAAUCUAGAGUCCUGUCUCUUAUUGGGGGAAACUGCUACAAGGGAUUGUUAUGCUCUUCGUACUCCCUCGUAAGAGCUUGUUCCUGCUUUGCUCUCUGGAGGAAGAGAGGUUCACCCACUGGAAUCUGGUGCCUUGUCGUAGGUCCAGGGUUGGUAGGAGACGGCGAGACUCCAACCAAUCUGCGGCGGUUCGUGGGGUCUGCAGUACUUAUGGUGUCUGGAGAAGUGCUUGAAACUCUCGGUAAGCACUAGGAGCAUCCAUCAAAGAAUGUUUUCUUUCAAAUAGUUUUAGGUGUAAGAGGGAUCAAGGAUCAAUAAGCUGUGAGAUUCUGACCGCCCUGGGUCUGUGUAUGAUGAUGUUAUGACUUACACAGCACAAUGAAGUGCAAGACUAUAUUUAAAUGUAACUAUCCAAUUCAUUGACGGGAGCAGAGAGGGCAUGUUGUAAAUGUCAUAUUGAAUGAAUUGAAAGAUUUGGCACACACCGAGGUCCCUCUUGUGCACAUAACCUAUCCCCUUAGUAAAAAUGUUGCUAUUGUGAAAAUAAAAAAUCCUUGUUAUUAGUUAUUUUGUGCACAUUUGAAUACAUUCAAUGUCUGAGUGUCAGUUAGCUGUGUUUACUUUUUAAUCAUUGUGACGAAGUGCCCUUCUCCACAAGCGCCUGGAGGGGACUACUGGCUAGCCUCCUGCCUUCCGACUAUGGCCCCUGUGCUGAUAGCUGUAUUUUCCCCUGCAGAAAAGUUUAUUUGUGUAUUUCUGCCGGGGCGUUCUGGACUUUCAGUGUGGUAGUAGUGCUACUCCAGAUAGCUAUGCCAUGGAGCCUAUUUGUGUAACAAAAGACUAUGGAAAAGACUUUGGCUUCAUGGCAAUUGAAUUGUAUGUAUGUGAUCUGAGCGCCAUUCAAUAAUAAUGUGCACUCAGAUCUAAGCUAUCUGGGUAUAUGUUGCAGGUAUCUGUUUUAUGUAGUAAUUGUAACAUUGUGUAAUUUUAUGUAUUUUUGUAACCAUGUGGUUAAUGGAGUCUUGCCUCUGUCCAGGGAGAUAAGUUGAUUACUUCCCAAUUAUCUCCAGGAUAGAGAGGAGAGAUUGUGAUGUCACUGUGGGAGUGUUUUGUUUGUAUUGUCUGUGAUUGGUUAUACUGUGUCCCACCCUGUGGGAUGUCCCCUUGCAUGGGGACUUGCAUAAAAGCCAGUGUGUGCUCAUUAAAACCAGAUCAUCUUGUACCUUUCUUGAAGCCAUGUCUCAUGUUUGGGGGAUUGGAGAAACUACACUCUGGGGAUUGCUAUAAUCACUAUACUCCCCAGGGUAUGAUCACUAAGUUCUGCUAAGAGCUUGUUCCUGUUCCUGCUCUCUGGGGAAAGAGAGGUUCACACCCUGGAAGCUGGAUCCUGGCCUUGGGUCCAGGGUGGGUGGAGACAGCGAGACCCCGGUGCAGCUGCAUCGCUGGAAGUGGGGUCUGCAGUGCUGAUGGUGUCGGUUGGAGUGCUUGGAGUACUCAGCGAGCACUAGGAGCAUCGAUUGGCGGAGGUACUCAGUCGGAGUGCCAGCGGUCUGUCACAAUCAUAUCUCCUUUGUAAUUUACGACAUUGAUGUAUCUCUCUAAGUGAAAAGUGUACAGUAGGAUCAGCGCUUAAAACCUUUAAUAAAUACAAUUAAAUAUAAGCAAGUAGUAAUAUAGAAAUAAACAAUGAUAUAUAAUACAGAGAGAGAACAAUAAAAAAAUAAUAGGUGUGUGUAUGUAUGUAAAGAAUGGUCCAAAAGGUGUCCAGUAAAGCCUUGGGAUGAGAAAACAAUCACUAUGCCAUCUGAGGUAGAGAUGUCUAUGGAGCAGUGGGAUCAAGGAGUUUGUGGGAUUUGUAUGGAAGAGAAAAGAAAAUCUAAUACUGCAAUAAAAUCCAAAUAGUAGCAGCCAAUAAAAAAAAAAAGUCUAUAUGGUUCUGCUCACGUUUUUGAGAGCUAAAAACUAGCUCUAGUAUAAACAGCAUACAGUGAUAUAAUUCCCACUUAUGGGAUACGUGAGGAAGAGUUGUAAGUAGAUAUCUCAUCAGAUGGGGACCAUAUGUAACAUAAAAAACAAGAGUGCUCACUGUGAUAAAAUCAGGAGAGUGAAUAAAAAUACCAAAUGAUUACUCACAUUUAAUUGGGCAGACACACUGCUCAAUAAUAGGGCGUGAGUGGUAUAAUCCCCACCAAGGAUGCUUUGUAGUAGUAUCUCUCUGGAAGUAAAACUCAGAUGCUAGGUAGUAAAAUAAUAAAAAUGGUAAAAAAGAUAAAAUAGCUAACUCACAACAAAGAAAGUGGCCAAAAUACCUUUAUUAAAAUACAGUUAGUUAAAAUUUCCACAACGCGUUUCUCCCCCUUAGGACUUUCUCAAGUGGAUCUUUUUAUAUUCCCCAGAUUUUAUUAUAAUUAUUUUCUCUCUUAUUUUAUAUUUCUCCAGUGUGAAAACAAACUUGGCCAAAGAGGAAGAUAUGGAAGUAAAAGAGUUCCUUAAAACGUGUCAGGACAUGACAGGUGAAUAUUACUUCUUUAUUCAUGCAAUACAGCAACAUAAAUGAUCACCGAGUAUGGAACAUACUAAUCCGUAUAUCUAGUCAUUCUGAUAAAUUACUCAGCAUGCCAUUGAAGAUCAUUUUCAUGAAUUGUUUUGUGUGUUUUUAGGUAUUAACCCUACCAUUGUCCUGACUAAUAAAACCAGUGGUAAUUACAAGGAUGUGGAAGGACGUUUGGGAACCAAUCGAGUAUUUCCAGUGGAGAAUUACACUGAGGACAGACAGCUGGCAACACGAGAGAAACACACAGAUAUAUUGAACAUCAUAAAAAGUGUCUUGGAUGAUGUCAAAUUCAGCUUGGAACAUGGAAGUGACCCAGAAGAAGAACGCACCAAGCACAUUAAAUUCCUAAUGAGCAUGGCACAUCGUAUUUUUUUGGCCAAGGGACUGGAAAAGAAGGAGGAAGAGGACAGGCAAAAAGAGAAAGAAAAGCCACCUCCUACUUUGUUUACAAGAAUUGUGAAUGUUAUAUUUUUUUGGAGAAAUUAA